AUGACGGCGAAAGUUCCAGCCGUGGGUAUUGAUCUCGGGACCACCUAUUCCUGUGUGGGGGUCUUCCAGUCCGGCCAAGUCGUGAUCAUUGCCAACGAACAGGGCAACAGGACCACACCCAGCUAUGUGGCCUUCAGUGGCCAUGAGUGUCUUAUCGGCGACGCCGCCAAGAACCAUACUGCCAAGGACCCGUCAAACACAAUCUUCGAUGCCAAACGCCUCAUUGGUAGAAACUUCACUGACGACAUUGUCCAGAACGACAUGAAACGUUGGCCCUUUGAUGUCGUGAACGAUGGCGGCCGGCCCAAGGUAAAGGUGCUUUACAAGGGCGAAACGAAGACAUUCUUCCCUGAGGAGAUCUCCAGUAUGGUCCUUACAAAGAUGAAGGAAACAGCCGAAGCUUACCUCGGAAUGAAAGUCAAAGAUGCGGUAGUGACCGUCCCUUUCUCUUUCAACGAUUCUCAGAGACAGGCCACAAAGGAUGCUGCUCUCACCGCCGGCAUGAACGUCUUGAGAAUCAUUGAUGAGGCCACUGCCGCUGCCAUUGCCUAUGGUUUAGGCAAAAAGUCCAGUGUUGAGACGAACGUGUUAAUAUUCGACGUGGGAGGCGGGACCUUCGAUGUGUCCAUCCUGAUCAUUAAAGAUGGCGUCUUCGAGGUUAAAUCUAGCACCGGCGACACUCAUUUGGGCGGGGAGGACUUCGACAACGUCAUAAUGGACUUUUUUGUAAGGGAAUUCAAGAAAAAGCAUAGAAGGGAUCUCACAACUGACAAGAGAGCUCUGCGACGACUCCGUAAUGCGUCUGAGCGGGCAAAGAGGACACUGUCAUCCAGUCAAAAGACCUUCGUUGAGAUUGAUGCCCUGUUCGAGGGGAUUGACUUCAAUUCCGUCAUGACGAGGGCAAGAUUCGAAGACCUGAAUAUGGAAUUCUUCCGUGUCAUGUUAAAGCAGGUAGAGAACGCUCUUCUUGACGCCAAGAUGGAGAGGGCGGAUAUUGAUGAAAUCGUACUGGUUGGCGGCUCCACAAGGAUACCCAAGAUCCAGGAACUCCUCAAGGACUUCUUUAAUGAGAAGGAACUAAAGAUGCCGAUUAACCCCGAUGAAGCAGUGGCGUAUGGGGCAGCCAUCCAAGCCGCCAUCCUUACCAGAGACCAGUGA